AUGGAGACGGCCGCGGCCCCUGGCCCGGGCUGGGCAGCUGAAGGGGAGCGGCGGCGGAGACGCUGCUCGCGCCGAGACCGAGACCGGGAGCAGCGGCGUCGCCGUGGUCCAGGCGGCGACGCGCCCCGGGCCUUGUUGGCCGCCCCGCGGGGCUCUUCAUCCUCUUCGUCGCCACCGCCGCCGCCGGCCCGGCCCUGGUCAUCAGCUUCGUCUGGAGAGCGGCCUGGGGGCCUGAGACGGCGACGGCCUCGUCCUAGGCCUCGGCCCCCACGACCUCGAGCUCGGAAGCGGCCUGCUGGUUCGGGCAGCCGCGGGGAGGAAGAGGAAGAGGAGGAAGAGGGGGGCGCCGACGAUGGGGAAGCCGAGGAGGAGCCCGAGGAAGAAGAAGAGGAGGAGGAGGACUUGAUCGAUGGCUUUGCCAUCGCUAGCUUCGCCAGCCUCGAGGCCUUGCAGAAGGAUGCAUCUCUUCAACCCCCAGAGCGACUGGAACAUCGGCUGAAGCAUUCUGGGAAACGGAAGAGGGGGGGCUCCAGUGGGGCCACUGGUGAGCCAGGGGACAGCUCUGAACGUGAGCCUGGCCGUCCCCCUGUGGAUCGCCCCCGCAAAUGGCCCAAUAAACGGAGAAGGAAAGAGGCCUUCUCCCGGCACUCUGUGGAAGCUGGAUAUAUAUGUGAUGCGGAAAGUGAUCUGGAUGAGAGGGUCUCUGAUGAUGACCUGGACCCAUCCUUUACUGUCUCAACCAGCAAAGCCUCUGGCCCCCACGGCGCCUUCAAUGGGAACUGUGAAGCAAAACUGUCUGUGGUCCCUAAAGUGUCGGGCCUGGAGCGGAGCCAAGAGCAGCCCCCAGGGCCCGACCCGCUGCUAGUGCCUUUCCCCCCAAAGGAACCACCGCCUCCACCGGCCCCUCGGCCUCCUGCCUCACCCCCUGCACCCUUGCCGGCCACCCCCAGUCUGCCACCCCCACCCCAGCCCCAGCUGCAGCUUCGGGUCUCACCCUUCAGCCUCCGCACUUCUCCUUAUGGCAGCAGCCUGGACCUCAGCACUGGCAGCUCUUCACGGCCGCCCCCCAAGGCCCUGGCCCCUCCCGUGGCUCAGCCUCCCCCCUCAUCAUCCUCUUCGUCCUCCUCCUCCUCAUCUGCCUCCUCCUCGUCCGCGCAGCUCACCCACCGGCCCCCAACGCCCUCACUGCCCCUGUCUCUGUCCACCCACGGCUUUCCUCCCCAUGGGCUACGGGCCCCCCCACCACCCCACCACCCUUCCUUGGUCUCCCCUGGUCCCACCCUGCCCCCACCCCCACCUCUGCUGCAGGUGCCAGGGCACCCUGGGGCCUCAGCUGCUAACGCCCUUUCUGAGCAGGACCUGAUCGGCCAGGACCUGAACACUCGCUACCUGAAUGCCCAGGGUGGCCCUGAGGUGGUGGGGGCAGGGGGAUCAGCCCGACCUCUGGCCUUCCAGUUCCACCAGCACAACCACCAGCACCAGCACACCCACCAGCACACCCACCAGCACUUCACUCCCUAUCCCCCAGGCCUGCUGCCACCCCACGGCCAUAUGUUUGAGAAGUACCCAGGAAAGAUGGAAGGCCUUUUCCGACAUAAUCCGUACAUGGCCUUCCCUCCUGCAGUGCCAGGGCUCCCUCCAGGCCUCCCACCGGCUGUCUCCUUUGGCUCUCUGCAGGGGGCCUUUCAGCCCAAGAGCACGAACCCUGAGCUACCACCACGACUGGGGCCAGUGCUGAGUGGGCUCCCCCAGAAAGGGACACAGAUCCCUGACCAUUUCCGACCACCUUUGAGGAAACCAGGAAAGUGGUGUGCCAUGCACGUGCGUGUGGCUUACAUGAUCCUGAGACACCAGGAAAAAAUGAAGGGUGACUCCCAUAAGCUUGACUUUCGGAAUGACCUCCUGCCCUGCCUUCCGGGGCCCUAUGGGACCCUGCCCCCUGGGCAGGAGUUUUCCCACCCGGCCUCCCUCUUCACUGCAACUGGUGCCGUCCAUGCUGCAGCCAAUCCUUUUACGACAGCUCCUGGUGCCCACGGACCCUUCCUGAGCCCCAGCACUCACAUUGAUCCCUUUGGACGUCCCACAAGCUUUGCUUCCUUGGCUGCCCUCUCCAAUGGGGCUUUUGGAGGCCUGGGCAGCCCCACAUUCAACUCCGGCGCCGUCUUUGCCCAGAAGGAAAGCCCAGGAGCCCCACCAGCCUUUGCCACCCCUCCAGACCCAUGGGGCCGCCUGCACCGCAGUCCUCUGGCCUUUCCUACAUGGGUCCGGCCCCCUGAGGCUGCCCGAACGCCAGGUUCAGACAAGGAGCGGCCUGUGGAGCGGAGGGAGCCCUCUGUUACCAAGGAGGAGAAGGACAGGGACCUCCCCUUCUCACGGCCCCAGCUUCGAGUUUCUCCUGCUACUCCGAAGGCCCGCCCUGGCGAGGAGGGAGCCCGGCCAGCUAAGGAGUCUGUACGAGUGAAGGAAGAACGGAAGGAGGAGGCUGCUGCCGCCGCUGCCGCUGCUGCUGCCGCCGCUGCCGCUGCUGCCACAGCUGCUGCCGCUGCUGCCACUGGGCCCCAAGGCCUUCAUUUGCUGUUGGAGAGGCCUCGGCCGCCCCCCUUCCUGGGCCCUAGUCUGCCAGAGCGCUGUACAGGCUUCCCAGAGCCAACCUGGUUGGCAGGGCCCCCACGCCUGGCCAGACCACCCCGCUUCUAUGAGGCAGGUGAGGAGCUGACUGGACCAGGGGCUGUGGCUGCUGCACGCCUCUACAGUCUAGACCCUGCUCAUUCUCUGCUAUAUGGCCGUUUGGCUCCACCACCACCACCUACUGCAGCUCCAGGAACCCCUCAUCUUCUCAGCAAGACUCCACCAGGAGCCCUUUUGGGGGCACCACCUCCACUUGUGCCCGCCCCCAGGCCCAGUUCCCCACCCAGGGCCCCUGGCCCUACCCGGGCUGACAGGUGAGGAGAGGGGAGGGGCAGGAGCAAAGCUCCACCCCCCCUUCCUAGUGACAAGAUCCUUAGGGCUGAGGUGUUUAAGCCAGGACCUGAGGGCAAAGGUCAUGACCUCAUGGCCAUCUCUGAGGUCUCAAGGACUUAGGAGCAGAAGCCCCACUCCCCACAAGGUCCAGUUUCAUGUGGACUAUAGGGUCACUGGGAGGGCAGAUGUCAAGAGCCUCUACAGAGGAGCAAGUGUGUGUGGGCAUAUAUAUGAGGGGAUCAUUUCAGAGGUUGUAGCUCAUGACCUGAAAUGUACCUUUGCCCCUCUAAGGGUCUCUAGGCCCUUGGCCUGCCUCUCCAAGGGCUCAUUAAGCCAGAGGCCAAAGUGCCCCUCUCCCUUACACCUGCCAUCCAAGUCCUCAUGCUCUCCUAAGGCUGAGGAAGGAGGGGCUAAAGGAAAGGGGGUUCCAUGUACAUAUUUAUCACCCCUUUCACAUCCCCCAGACCUUUUGUACAUUUUUACAGGGGUGCCCCUCCCAACAAUCCCCUUCCUGGUUAAUUAAAUCCUCAGACUGGUGCUGUGUUCCUAGCCUUUCUGUAGGGGGAGAGUGUCCUGGGAAGAGCUGGGAAGAGUGAGGUAGAAACCUGAGGCUUGUCCCUGAGAAUGUGAGAUAAAGCAGGAGGUAGGCCAACAAGGAAAAGGACCUAGAGUCCUAGGCUGGAGGGAACAGCAACUACUUAAAUGUUUAGCUGUCAGCCCAGGUUCCCCUGACUUGUUCCUCUAACUGUGUGCCCCUACAGCUCUAAAAGGCUCAACCUCCAAGCCUCAGACUCCACCUCUUAAUGGCUCAGAUCCCCCUCCCAUUUCCAAGUGCCGCAGGACUCCUGAGCCCUGCUCCACAGAACCCUGCCCCAGGCUAAGGGGUGUGGGGUGAGUAGAGAAGGUCACCAUGUACCACACACCAAAGAAGGGGUUAGCCCAGGGGUGGGAUACACAGGCAGCUUCUCUAGCAGCCUCCUGGCAGCACCCCCAGCCUUCCCCAAAGCAGUAGACACCUCCAGGCUGGGGUCCAACCUAGAAAGCAGGGCUCAGUUUAACAAAAUCAUAAUGUUGAUGUUUUCCCCGGUGGGGCUUAUUCUGUAACAUGACUUGCGGAUAUUUAUAUAAAAUGAGUGUUACGAUGAGA